GGAUUUUAUUUCGAAAGGUGGCGGAAGUGGUGUUAUUUUCCUAGCGAGCUGCACAGGAAGAGGAUAGUCAACAAAUAAUACUGUUGUUUGGCGUGUUUGUGGUUCUGUAACAGCGCUGGAGUUACUGUGGAGUCCUUUCUACCUGUCCUGUCCGCCCAUGAUGGUGAUCGUGGGGCUGUAAUGAAGGAGUGAUCAGAAAGACCCCGCGGUCUUCUUGCUGCGCCACACACUUCCUCAUGGAUUCCAGCGGCGAUGAGGCGCUCGACAUCAUCAUCACCAACGUGGUGGCCACGUUCAGGACCAGGUGCCACCUGAACCUGCGCACCAUCGCCUUAGAAGGAACCAAUGUCAUCUAUAAGCCCGAGGUCGGGAAAGUAUUGAUGAAACUUAGGAAGCCCAAGAUAACCGCUUCAAUCUGGUCCUCAGGUAAAAUCAUCUGCACUGGAGCAACAAGCGAGGAUGAAGCAAAGCUGGGUGCUCGCAGGUUAGCUCGCCUUCUCCAGAAACUUGGCUUUAAGGUGAGGUUUUCAGCGUUCAAAGUUGUGAAUGUGCUCGCGGUGUGCUCCAUGCCAUUUGCAGUCCACCUUAUAGACUUCACAAAGAACAACCGACCCAUCGCCAGUUAUGAACCUGAGCUCCAUCCUGCUGCUAUGUACAGAAUCAAAACUCUGAAAGCUACAGUCCAGGUGUUUUCAACUGGCAGCCUCACAAUUACAGGACCAAAUGUGCAGAACGUGGCGGCAGCAGUGGAAUACAUCUACCCUCUUCUGUACGAGUGUCAGAAACCCCUCUGUAAGUAAAGGAGCAUUUCACAAGUUCAGAGGGAGAUAUGAGGAAGCACUUCAUCUUUGGUUGGAUGUGGCAACAGACACUCAUGUCUGAACUGACUCAUAGACUGGACUUGGAUCUCUGAAGUCCUAACCCCCCCACCACCACCCUCACUUGGAGUUUAGGAUGCUUAUGCAUGGACACAGGAAAAGAAAAAAACAGUUUUAGUGAUGUAACUUUUAAAGCUUAACAGUGAUUAUUGCUAAGAGUUUGUGUUCAGACUAAGAAGCCUCCUCACAAGGAGUUUCUUUUCUUUUAAAUAAAACAAUUUUAAUCUCCGUCCACAGUCCGACAUGCGUUUCAUACUGUGCAGAAUUCUGUGAGAAGGCUGGAAGAUUCAGAGCUGUUACCUCUGUACACAAAGCUGAAGCAGGUUUGAUGUGCAUAAAAACGUUUUCUUUUUUUAAAAACUCUUGCAUUUGUCCAAAACGAGCACACUUUCUGGUUGUAUUAUUGUUUGUUCCUAAUGUUUUUACAUGCAAAUUUGGAUAUUUAUUUUCUAAUGUUAGUCUGCAAAUAUGAAACGUUUCCUUUUUAAUCCCAGUAUUUCACAACAUCCUAGCUUUCAAAACCUCAUCCGACUCCGCUAACACAGCUCCUGGUUCGUUAACGUUCAAAAAGACCAUUUUUUAUCUUUAUUGAUGUUAUGAAACACUCGGUUGUGAACGCGAUGAACAAAGUAGCAGAAGGUUAAUGUGAAACCACAAAUGAGCGGUCGCUCCGAGGACUGUUGUACAGCGGCAGUAACGUUUAUCAAACUGUGUUGUAAUACAUUCAUUAGAGCUUUUACAGCAGGAUAAACUUUACGACUUUAAAAACACAGUGUGGGAGAAAAAACAAACAAACAAACAAACUUUAUUUGUCCAUAACAGCCGAUUGCUCCGUCAGGCUUCACGUCACAGAGGAAACUUCUGUUUGUAUAAAAUGUUUGUGUCUAAAAAGAAAUGUUAGAAAAAACUUUGAUGUCUGUGGGAUGGAGUACGUUUUAAACUAGUUUCAAUUAAGAAUUUGUGACACUUCAACUUUUGUAUUUUGUAUAAAAAUAAAAUGAUUAAAAGAC